UCAUCUCUCCAGGAGCUACUCUUUUGUUUCUCACCUCGUCCUAAAAAGGGGGGGGAAACAAACACGGAAUCUGCGCUCUAGAGAUCACUUCAAGUUUAAAGCGGCUGCGUCAAGUUAAAUUCAAAUCCAAGCUUUGUUUGUCUCUGGGAUAAUCGUGCGGGAUCUGCGGCGGAUACACUGAGACUCGUGCGUGCGGACAGAGGAGCUCAAAGGAUUUGGGUGGAUGCUUUUAAAUGUUCACCAGCUUUGGCACAAUAUUCAUCGGACGCAUCUAGGAGCUCCCGGACUCUCCUUCCCCCCCUGUUAACAAACACAGGGACCAUGUUGUGGGACAAACUGUGCUGGCUGCUGGCCCUUCUGGCCUUGUCAUCCGCGGUGCUGACCUCCUCUAAUGAGUCUCUCUCCGCUCCAAGGAUCUUCCUGUCCUUCAAAGAGCUGAAGUCCACUGGCACUGCUCACCACUUCUCCUUUCUGCUGAACUCGACCGACUAUCGGAUCCUCCGCAUGGACGAGGACCACGACCGCAUGUAUGUGGGCAGCAAAGAUUACAUCCUCUCUCUGGAUCUGCACGACAUCAACAAGGAGCCGCUCAUAAUCCACUGGCCUGUCGUCCCGCAGAGGAAGACUGAAUGUGUGUUGUCAGGAAAAGACACUAAUGGGGAAUGUGGAAACUUCAUCCGUCUGAUCGAGCCGUGGAACCGGACCCACCUGUAUGUGUGCGGCACCGGGGCGUACAACCCCGUGUGCACCUACGUGGACCGAGGACGCAGGUCGCAGGGGUCCCACUUCCUACAGGCAUCGCAAUCUGGAGGGAGAACAAGUCGGGCAGCAGACUUCAGCACUACAUCAGAGCACUUGGAGGCGAAGGAAUAUAUUUUCCGACUUGAACCUGGUAAAGUGGAUUCUGGUAAAGGAAAAUGUCCGUAUGACCCCAAACUGAACAGCGUCUCAGCUUUGAUCAAUGGAGAGCUGUACGCGGGAGUCUACAUCGAUUUCAUGGGAACAGACUCUGCCAUCUUCCGUACGCUGGGGAAGCAGACAGCCAUGAGGACUGAUCAGUACAACUCCAGAUGGUUGAACGAUCCCACAUUCAUCCACGCACACCUCAUCCCAGACAGCGCAGAGAAGAAUGAUGACAAGCUCUACUUUUUCUUCCGCGAGAAAGCCUCUGAGAUGGGCCAGAGUCCCAUGACCCAGUCCAGGAUAGGGCGGAUCUGCCUGAAUGACGACGGUGGACACUGCUGCCUGGUCAACAAGUGGAGCACGUUCCUGAAGGCUCGACUCAUCUGCUCGGUGCCUGGACCGGACGGCCAAGAGACGCACUUUGAUGAACUGAGGGAUGUGUAUAUCCAGCCAACUCAAGACACCAAGAAUCCUGUCAUCUACGGAGUCUUCUCAGUGUCGGGCGCCGUCUUUAAAGGCUCGGCCGUGUGCGUGUACUCCAUGGCCGACAUCCGCAUGGUCUUCCACGGGCCCUUCGCCCACAAGGAAGGGCCCAACUACCAGUGGGUGGCGUACUCUGGGAAGAUCCCCUACCCACGGCCUGGCACUUGUCCCGGAGGCACCUUCACCCCCAACAUGAAAUCCACAAAGGAUUACCCAGAUGAGGUUAUCAACUUCAUGAGGAACCACCCCACCAUGCACAAUGCUAUAUACCCAGUGCACAAGCGCCCCCUGGUGGUCAGAACCAACGUGGAGUACGAGUUCACCACAAUUGCCGUGGACCAAGUGGCAGCUGCUGACGGCAACUACGAGGUGCUCUUCCUGGGAACAGAUCGAGGGACAGUCCAGAAAGUUAUUGUCCUGCCAAGAGACGACUUGCAGACAGAGGAGCUGGUCUUGGAGGAAGUUGAGGUCUUUAAGGUUCCCACUCCAAUUACCACCAUGAAGAUUUCAUCCAAACGGCAACAACUGUACGUGGGGUCGGUCCUGGGUGUGACUCACCUCGCGCUCCACCGCUGCGACGUGUACGGCGAAGCCUGCGCCGACUGCUGUCUGGCCAGAGACCCGUACUGCGCCUGGGACGGCAAGUCCUGCUCCAGAUACUCUGCCUCACAGAAGAGACGGAGCCGUCGACAGGAUGUGAAGUACGGAAACCCAAUCCGCCAGUGCAGAGGCUACAACUCCAAUGCAAACAAGAACACUCUGGAGACGGUUCAGUACGGCGUGGAGGGCAGCACCACCUUCCUGGAGUGUCAGGCCCGGUCUCCUCACAUGUCUCUGAAGUGGCACCUGCAGAAGGAAAACAGUGACAGAAGGAAAGAGAUUCGCUCCGAGGGCCGCACCCUGAAAACCGAGCAGGGCCUUCUGAUCCGCUCGCUGCAGUCCUCUGACAGCGGCAUCUACCAGUGCACGUCCACGGAGAAGAACUUCAAGCACACGCUGGUCAAGCUGCAGCUCGUGGUCCUGUCCAGCCGCACGGUCAACAGCGUGCUGGUGGAGACGGGCAGCCCGGCGCUGCCCCCCCUCCAGUCCAGCGCCUGGACUCCCAGCGCUGGCCAGUACAAGGACCUGCUGACCAUUCUGAGCCAGCCGGAGAUGGGCCUCAUCAACCAGUACUGCCAGGACUACUGGCAGCUGGGAGACGCCGGCGUCGGGGACAGCAAGGCCAAAAGCCUGAAGGAGCUGAAAGAGCAGAAGAAGCCGCGCAACCGUCGGCAUCACGACGAGGAAACGACUCCGGCCGCGACAUGA